AUGCGGAUCUCUCCUGCUUCUCGUACUGCUCUGACGGCUCUUUCUCGAAAGCCUCCUUUGCUGAAUCUUCAUCCAGAUCACACAUCCUCUCCCAUCCUGCCUGACCAUCAGCAUCUCUCCAAAGAGUCCCUCAACAAUGCCUUGGAUAACCUGUACCUUGAGAGGGCAGAGGAUAAGGAGGAAGUCUCUGCAGAGUCCCUGUGGACCACGUCAGCGGAUGGGUUGGUCAAGAUACGGAUGGACCACACCUGCUCACAGACUCCAAAGACUGUGCACCAAGUGUUCCUAGAAAGUCUGGAGAAGUAUGGGAAUCUGAACGCCUUGAGCAGCAAACGGGAUGGGAAAUGGGAGAGGAUCACCUACUCUCAGUACUACCUUCUGUCCCGAAAAGCUGCCAAAGGGUUUCUGAAGCUUGGCCUGGAGCGUGUCCACAGUGUUGCGAUCCUCGGAUUCAACUCCACAGAAUGGUUCUUCUCAGCCGUGGGCACAGUCUUUGCUGGAGGUAUCCUCACAGGAAUCUAUACAACCAGUUCCCCCGAGGCUUGCCAAUACAUUGCCCAUGACUGUAAGGCCAACAUCAUCCUGGUGGAUACCCAGAAACAGCUGGAAAAGAUACUGAAGAUCUGGAAGAACUUGCCGUACUUGAAGGCUGUUGUGAUGUAUAGAGAGACCCCAGCAGAGAGAAUUCCGAAUGUAUAUACGAUGGAAGAGCUCCUAGAGAUAGGGAAAGAGGUUCCUGAUACCACCCUGGAUGAUAUCAUCAACUCUCAGAAACCCAACCAGUGCUGUGUGCUUGUCUACACAUCUGGCACCACUGGCAACCCCAAAGGGGUGAUGCUGAGUCAGGACAAUAUCACUUGGACAGCCAAGUUUGGCAGCCGAGCCGGGGACAUCCAGCCCGCUGAGAUCCAGCAGGAGGUCGUGGUGAGCUACCUGCCCCUCAGCCACAUUGCUGCUCAGAUGUAUGACCUUUGGACUGGGAUCCAGUGGGGGGCCAACAUUUGCUUUGCUGAGCCUGAUGCCCUGAAGACAAGCUUAGUGACUACGCUGAGGGAGGUGGAACCCACUGCCCACAUGGGUGUGCCCAGGGUGUGGGAGAAGAUCAUGGAGGGGAUCAAGGGGGCAUCAGCUCAGGCUGGAUUCUUCAAGAGGAAGAUGUUCCUGUGGGCAAUGGCUGUGACCAUGGAACGAAAUCUCAGCUGCCCAAGCAGUGACCUGAAGCCUUUCACCAUGAGACUGGCUGAUUAUUUGGUUCUGGCUAAGAUCCGCAAGGCCUUGGGGUUUGCCAACUGCCAGAAGAAUUUCUACGGCGCAGCCCCAAUGACCGCAGAGACCCUGCACUUCUUCCUGGGACUCAACAUCCGCCUCUAUGCUGGCUACGGGCUGAGCGAAUCCUCGGGCCCACACUUCAUGUCCAACUCCUACAACUAUAGACUCUACAGCUCUGGAAAGGUGUUGCCAGGCUGCAAGGUCAAACUGGUGAACGUAGAUGCUGAAGGCAUUGGGGAGGUCUGCUUGUGGGGCCGGACUGUCUUCAUGGGCUACCUCAACAUGGAGGAGAAGACAAGAGAGGCCAUAGAUGAGGAUGGCUGGCUACACACGGGAGACAUGGGGAAGCUAGACCACGAAGGCUUUCUCUAUAUCACUGGGAGGCUUAAAGAGUUAAUCAUAACAGCCGGAGGGGAGAAUGUGGCCCCCCUCCCCAUUGAGGAGGCCGUGAAGAUGGAGCUCCCCAUCAUCAGCAAUGCCAUGUUGAUCGGGGACCAGAGGAAGUUUCUGUCCAUGCUGCUGACCCUGAAGUGCACUCUAGAUCCAGAAACCUCAGAUCCGACGGACUAUCUCACCGAUGAAGCCCUGGAGUUCUGCCAGAAGGUUGGCAGCAAAGCCAUCAGAGUGUCUGAGAUAGUGGGCAGGAAAGAUGAGGCCAUUUACCAGGCAAUUGAAGAAGGCGUCCAGAGAGUCAACGAGAAAGCUGCUGCUCAGCCUUACCGCAUCCAGAAGUGGGCCCUCCUGGAAAGGGAUUUUUCCAUUUCUGGGGGAGAAUUUGGUCCUACAAUGAAACUGAAGCGCUUAGCAGUUCUUGAAAAGUACAAAGAAGAGAUUGAAUCAUUUUACAAAGAACCAAACAAUUAAUCAGGAGCUCUUU